CAUCCAUGGCUUCUUCACAAGUAAUCACUCCCUUUCUUCUCUUCCAGAAAUAUCCAGACACACUCACCUCCUCACCAAUGGCGGGGAUCAGUUACUCUUGCUCCUCUGCACUCUCUUCCACGAGCAAUUUGGGGACAUUUUCAUUGAGGUUUAAUACUCCUCGUGGUGGAAUCACUCGAAUUAUGCGUACAAAUCUAAGAAUUAGUGCAGAAAUUGAUUAUAUCAAUGCUGAAGAAGCAAAGAGACUUAUAUCAGAAGAAGGUUACUCGAUUGUGGAUGUUCGAGAUCGAACUCAAUACGAUAGAGCACACAUAAAAUCAUGCACCCAUGUUCCCCUUUUCAUCGAAAAUCAGGACAAUGAUCCAGGAACCAUAAUCAAGAGGCAACUGCAUAACAACUUUUCGGGUUUGUUUUAUGGAUUGCCAUAUACUAAGCCUAAUCCAGAGUUCGUGCAGUCGGUGAAGAGCCAGCACUCGCCCGAUAGUAAAAUUCUAAUCGUUUGCCAAGAAGGAUUAAGGUCUGCUGGUGCUGCAAACAAGCUAGAAGCAGCUGGAUUCCAGAAUAUAGCAUGUGUAACAUCAGGACUCCAAUCUGUAAAACCAGGAAUGUUUGAUGUUGUUGGUCCUACGGAGCUAAAAGACGCAGGCAAGGCUGGUCUGGUCCAAGUGCAAGGCAAAAUCUCAGCUGUUCUUGGGACCGUGCUCAUCUGUGCAUAUCUUUUCAUAACUUUCUUUCCGGAUCAAGCGGAGAAGAUUUUGGCGUUGGUUCCUUCGAGUUAGGAAAGAUGACAAGUUUUGCAGAUUGUGUUUUGGUUGAAUUGUGGAUAUUAUGUGAGUGAAGAUAGAUUCUUGAAAAGACCGAGCAUAUGAGUUGCCUGAGUUAGCUCUAAUUGAUAAUUGAUUCAUCAAUGAAUGUGUAGUAAUUUAAGUGAUGAUUAACAAAUGAAAAUAUCUUUGAUUCA